AUGGCAAGCCGCUGCGCAUCAUCUAUUAGAAGUUUCUCCAGGUUGUCCCGGUCAUGGCAAGCCCAAACGCGACCUUGUAUACGAACUUACGCAGCAGCAGCUCCUGAAUCGGCCACCUCAAGCGCAACUCCCCCGCCCCCUCCCGCCAAGUCCUCGACAGACCCUACCAUUACCCGGAUAGUGGACGACAUCUCGGGGCUGACUCUGCUACAGGCUGCCGACCUUGUUACUCUGCUGAAGUCCCGCCUGAAUAUCCAGGAAAUUGCGAUGCCCUCUGCUGCUCCCAUGGCUGCAGCACCGGCUGCCGCUGAGGAAGAAAAGCCUAAGGAGAAAACCGUCUUCAAUGUGAUGCUCGAAUCAUUCGACGCGGGCGCAAAGCCAAAGAUCAUCCGAGAAGUCAAGGCACUGGUCCCCAAUCUCACUCUCAUUGACGCUAAGAAGUUCGUCGAGUCGGUGCCUAAGGUUCUCAAGGAAAACCUCCCUAAAGAGGACGCUGAGAAACUCAAGGCUGCCUUUGAAAAACUGGGAGCGGUCGUCAAGCUCGACUAG